AUUCUUAUUGUGACCUUUUUCAUUGAUUUUGUAGAAAUAAUCCUUCUAUUUAUUUAUUUAAACUUUAUUACCACAAUUACAAAAUGGACAAAAGGCGGCUGUUUCCUACUUCCUACUAUCCCACUAAUAUUAUAAAUAUGAAAGUUUGUAUGAUGUUACUCAAUCACGCAAAUACUACUAAUCGGAAUUGGAUGAAAUUUGGCACACAUAGAGUAUUAACUCUAUGCCAUUAGACCUGGAUUGAGACAUGGGAUACUUUUUAUCCUGAAAAAAUGGCAGGUUCCUAAGGGACGCGGACGAAGUCGCGGCCGGCCGCUAAUUUAACAUAAUUGAUAAAUUCUACCUUUGGUUACAAUGACCAUUUAAAUAUUUAUUGGUUACUUGAGAUUUAUAUAAAUCCAAUAAUUAAUAAAAUAAUACAUUUGCAAUUGCAACAUUAAAAUUAUUUUGUGAAUUCGGUUCUUUAUUCGUUUUGUGUCUAAGUAUCAGAUUGUAUUUACUGAUGAUAAAAUAUCUCUUCAGUAGCACAUCCCCUCCAACUUGGGGUGAGAUGUAGUUUAAAUGCGAAAACAAUAGUACCUAUGUUGAACAAUGGAGGCAUUCUUAGAGGGGUAGUCAAAGAUUUGCAAUGUCAUUAUCGUAACUAUAGCUAUCUUUAACAACUUAGAUCGGAAGGAGAAGGAUACAGAUUAUAGUCGGGCAGCGGAAUAAGCUUUAUAUUCCGGUCAUUCUCCGUGGAUACCUACUUUCAGUAAGGUUAGGGCACAGAACAAGCUUCUUGAACAGAUUAAAAAAAACUUGACUCUGCGCGUGUGUGUGUAAAUGAACUGCUGAAAGCUUGCUUUCAAUUUUAUCACUUGGAGCAAUGCAAUUAGAAAAAGUGAGUUAAUAAUUCAAGUACUUACUUGUAUCAGUUUAAUUGAAAUUUUGUUAAAAUGAACGGCGGGACCAGUAAAUGACAUAAAAAAAGUUUUAGUUCUUAAAAAUAAUGGUGGUCGUUUUGUAUAUUAAGUGAUACAACAUAAUUAGUUAUUAAGCUAAAUAGGAGUUGCAUGAUUCGUUUUUGAGAAUCAAUGCUUAAAAUUUAGCUUCACGGGAAGCUUUAGACGUGUAAGUAGAAACAUAAUCGUGUGGGCGAAAGAUUCCUCGCUCUCCUUGCUUGCUUAAGUAUAAUUUAUUAAGGUAAACAGAACUUCAGCAUUGGUUAGCUAUAAACGUGUGUCUAAUUUCGUCCUCUCCCUACGAGUUGUGGUCAGUGCUGUUUACAGUGCUCUAAACAAAACAACAGGAACAUCAUACGCGCUGUCAGUCAGUCCCUUCCGCGGCAGAAUGUUGAAUAAUAGGUUAGGGUGCAGGCCGUUGUCCUUCCGUGUUCAUUCGAGUAUUCGCUGUGAGUGCACUUGCCUGUUAAUACACAUAUCACCGAAAUUAAUGAAGUAAAAGUUUCAAAUUUGUAGUUCGCGUGUUCCAUAACAGUAACGAUUAUUGCGGUGUCGUUUUAAACAGCGAAAAGAGCUCCCGUCUCCAAUUCCUCGACGACAUAAAGUCCCGCAGUCUGCAGACAAUCUCCGUGGCUCGGAAACAACGGGGCGCGAGAAACGAAUUUGAGUGUUCGCGAGUGUUUAGGCGUGUGUACGUUCGAGUCGGUUUACCUCCGCUCGCCGGGGGUGUGAGAAGGUCGUCAAAAUAGCCAAAGUGUCUCCGAUAAAGUUGAGUGCGAUGGACAGCAACUCGGUCUCGCCGAUGCCGGAGUUGGCGCCGAUCGCGGAGUUCGAUAAGUCGCCGCCGUCGCCGCCUAACGAGGAAGUGCCGAUGGAUGACCUGCCCCCGCCACCUGCCACCAUCUCGGGCUCCGACACGAAGAAAGUUAAAAUACAACGUACGCGAUCUUACGAAUCUGAGGAACAUGAAAGGGGUGCGUGCGAGUGGUGCGAAUACGCGCUGGUGAUCACUCUCGCAACGAUCCUACUGAUUGGCGUGUCGGCGCUUACCAUCUUCUGGGUGUUCUACUACCGCGAUGGAUACGCCUGGGCCGACGGCACCCCCGACAAGCAGUUCAACCUGCAUCCUACGCUCAUGGUCGCUGGAUUCAUUACUUUCAGCGGGUUCUCGGUGUUGCUGUACCGCAUUUGCCGGUGCUUCAGGCGCAUCUACGUGAAGCUGUUGCACGCCAUCUUCCACGCGUUGGCCUUCCCUUGCAUCGUGAUCGGGUUCCUCGCCGUGUUCGACUACCACAACAAGUCGGGCAUCAACAACUUCUACUCGCUGCACAGCUGGAUCGGCCUCGUCGCCAUGGGAUUGUUUGGACUUCAAUACGCAGUCGGCUUCUUCAGCUUCCUCCUGCUCCUGAUCUGCAAUAAGGGCACCGCCAGUUUCCGCGCGUCCCUGGUGCCCAUACACGCGGCCUUCGGUAUCCUGACCUUCGUGCUUGGUGCCGCCGCCUGUCUCACUGGCCUCACUGAGAAGGCACUCUUCGAUAUUGGCGCAGAGAGGUACAGCACGAUGGUGGAUGAGGCAGUCAUCAUCAACACGAUUGGUGUCGCUAUUAUCGCGAUAUUGGCUGUGAUCAUGUAUAUCUUGUCGAGGGACAAAUUCCGAGCGUCGGCUACCCGCGAUAGUCACAUAAGAGCCUCCGUGGAUUUGUAAAUUGGUCGAAUAAACGUUUCAAAAAUAUGAUCGAAGUAAAUUUUGAUUAGAGUCUCGCUAUUGUGUGCUCUACCGCUUUUUUCGUCUAGACCUCUUUGUGUAUACUGAAAGGUGAUAAGAAAUGCCAGUGAACCUUUAGUUUCGAUAAGCCAACCAAGCAAUCAGGAUUUUCUUGAUUGAUUGCGGUAAAAGCUUUCUCUUUUGUUCCGUAAUAGAGAAUUUUCAUGAGUCUGAAAGGCAUUGUUUAGCAGAAGAACGCGGUAAUGUAUGUUUAAAAGCGAGACUUUUUUUAUAAAAUUCGACUCGUGAUUGUCGAUACGAUACAAGUAGUAAACAGUAGGUUAUAAACCAAGUAUCUACCAAGAUAUAUGAUUUGUCAGAGGUAUAUUUCUUAUUAUUACAGUAAUGGUAGUACGCAAUUGAGUUGAAUAUAUCUUAGUAACAGAUGCUACUUUAUAAUUAGUUUCAAUAGGUAUAUUUUUCCAACAUUUCUAAGAAUCCUAAACGGUUAUUAUGAUUGUUCAAAGUUUAUAUAAAAAGAAACGAUGUAUGUAAUUUGAUAAGACAUUAAGAAUUCGACUGAUAAAUAACAGUAUCUAAAUCCAUUUUUUUUAUAAAAAAAAGGUAUAAAAAUAAAGGAAAUGCUAUUUUUAUACAAUAUUUAGGUAGAUAUGUAGGGAAUAUUAUAAUUUUUGACGAGGCUCCUUCGUUAUGUAGAUGGUCUGUAUCAGACCAAUAUAUUACACAAGAAGAUGUACCUUUUAGUUAUUUCUAAGUUUAUGUAACAAAUAUUAGGGAUAGCAUAGUAGCAUAAGUACCUACUAUAAGAACUAAAAAUAUAUUCGAAUUAAAACUGAGAAAUUUGUUGAAAUAAAUAUUUAUAUUGUAACCUUGAUGUUUCACUUCAUAGCUUGUAAAAUAAUAAAUAAUCUUAGCGUAGUUAGAGCAUGUUUUUAACACAACUAUUAUGUUACACGAGUAGUAGUACAUCGUUUAAAUAAAGGUUGGUAACAUUUAAUUCUUUUACAAUGUUUAUUACAUCUACACAAUAAUUCCGCUUAGUAUGCAUUAUAAUAUACUUAUGCUUACACAUUUAUCCAUAAAUUAUUCUGUUUGCUUAUUUAUUCUGUAAAAAAAUGCGAUUUCAU